UGAUUUUAAAGGUCAGUAUGAACGAAGGUUUCGGAUCUCUCGCGUUUGAUGAGUAUGGACGUCCGUUCAUCAUCAUCAAAGACCAAGAGAAGCAGGCUAGAUUAACCGGAGUCGAUGCUAUCAAGUCACACAUUCUGGCCGCUAAGAGCGUAGCGGGAACCCUGCGGACGUCUCUCGGACCCAGAGGACUGGACAAACUCAUGGUCAGCCCUGAUGGCGAUGUGACAAUCACAAAUGAUGGAGCAACAAUUUUGGACAAGAUGGACGUCAACCACCACGUUGCCAGACUCCUAGUUGAACUUUCAAAAUCUCAAGACGACGAAAUUGGCGAUGGAACUACCGGAGUUGUGGUCCUGGCCGGGGCUUUACUCGAGCAAGCCGAACAUCUCAUUGACCGCGGAAUCCAUCCAAUCCGUAUUGCCGAUGGAUACGAAACUGCGGCUAAGAUAGCUUGCGAUGAGUUGGAUCGAAUUGCCGAUGAGUUUCCAGUGAGUGUCGACAACACUGAGAUUCUGGUAAAAACUGCAAUGACAACCCUGGGAUCCAAAAUUAUCAACCGCUGUCAUAAGCAAAUGGCCAGCAUUGCCGUAGAUGCAGUUAUGAGUGUCGCCGACUUUGAGCGUAAAGAUGUUGAUUUCGAACUAAUCAAAGUAGAAAGCAAAGUGGGAGGAAAGCUGGAAGAUAGCAUGCUAGUUAAAGGCGUCCUUGUUGACAAAGACUUCUCACACCCCCAGAUGCCAAAAGAGUUGAAAGAUGUCAAACUAGCCAUUUUGACGUGUCCAUUUGAACCUCCGAAACCAAAAACUACUCACAAGCUAGAUGUGAAAACUGUCGAAGACUACAAGAAACUUCAGGAUUACGAGAAGGAGACGUUUGAGACUAUGAUCAAACAAGUCAAGGACACCGGAGCGACCCUUGCACUUUGUCAAUGGGGUUUCGACGACGAAGCGAAUCACUUAUUGCUUGCUAACCAGCUUCCAGCAGUUCGCUGGGUAGGAGGACCAGAGAUCGAGUUAAUUGCCAUUGCAACGGGAGGUCGGAUUGUGCCUCGAUUCUCAGAGCUGACACCGGAAAAACUGGGAUCAGCUGGUGUAGUAAGAGAACUGUCGUUCGGAACUACCAAAGAAAAGAUGUUGGUCAUUGAAAAGUGCGCCAAUUCGCGUGCCGUAACGAUCUUCCUGCGAGGCGGAAACAAGAUGAUAAUCGAAGAAGCUAAACGAAGCAUGCAUGAUGCUCUGUGUGUUGUAAGAAACCUUGUAAAAGACAACCGAAUUGUCUAUGGCGGAGGAGCAGCUGAAAUUGCUUGUUCGAUUGCAGUAGCAAACAGAGCGCAAUCUGUUGCUUCGAUUGAACAGUACGCUCUUAGGUCUUUCAGUGACGCCCUUGAAACUGUUCCGAUGGCCCUGGCAGAGAACAGCGGGUUCCACCCGAUCAAAACGGUGGCCGAUAUAAAAUCUCGACAUGUUCUGGAGAAGAAUUCCAACCUGGGAAUCGACUGCAUGAACAAAGGGACAAACGAUAUGAAGGCGCAAUACGUGAUUGAGACUCUGAUCGCGAAGAAACAGCAGAUCACUCUGGCCGCCCAGGUAGUCAGACUGAUUCUGAAGAUUGAUGACGUCAGAACUGUUGGCGAACACGGAGACUAAUUUGUGUCGCCGACCUCACCAUCCUGUUUUGUGCAUCACGUUAAGGUGUCUCGGAUUCAUUGCUGCUGUUGAUCAUGAGCUUGAAGUGUUAAUAAAUGAUGUAAAUUUGCAAAGUGGAGAUUGUUAUAUUGCUCUCGUACUUAAAUUGUGUCAUAAAACCAUAUGAAAUUGAAAGCCUUGAAUUA